AUGGAGACCGCGCUGGUGGUGAGCGCCUCCCAGGGCGCCGUGCGGAUCCUCUUGGGGAAGCUUGGAAACAUCCUUGCCACCAAGUACGCGCUCCUCAGCGGCGUACGUGAGGAGAUCCAGGAGCUCAAGGACGAACUGGAGAGCAUGACCGGCUGCCUCCGCGACCUGGCUGAUCGCGACGACCACAGCCAGCAGACGAGGAUCUGGAUGAAACAAGUGAGGGAGGUGGCGUUCGACGCGGAGGACUGCAUCGACAAAUUCUGCCGUCAUCUCGGCCAGCAUCCCGGAGAUGAUCCAGGACUAGCGAGCUACCUUGGCAGGAUAAUCAGCCUCCUGCGAACGAUGGGGUUGCGGGCUAAGCUGGCCGCCGAGAUCACGGGGCUUCAGUCUCGCGCCAAGGGCGUGAGCGACCGGCGGGUCAGGUACAGGCUAGAAGAUGCGGCAGGAGCUGGUCCUCGCAGCUCGAGCAAAUCGCUCCACUCCUCCGGCUACAAUCUGCGCCGCUUGCUUCCAUCUGAGCUCGGCGGCGGGUCAGGCCUCGUCGGGCUGGACGGCAGGACAAAUGAGGUGGUCGGCCUGCUGAAAUGCGGCGAGGCACCUCGCCGGGUGGUGUCCAUCGUCGGAUUCGGUGGCCUCGGCAAGACCACCCUCGCCACCGCCGUCUACAACAGCCCGGAGCUGCGCGACAUCCAGUGCCGCGCUUUCGUCGCUGUAUCCCAGACCUACGAUCUGCGGUCCCUUCUGGAAUCCCUGCUGAAGCAGCUUGUGGUUGUACCGGCGGGAACCUCUGACGAUAACCAUCCCCUCCGAGGAAUCAAAACCUGGGGCAUAACUGAAUUCCCCGAUAAGUACACAAAACACUUGACGGAUAAGAGGUAA